UGGAGAUAACUACUUUAAUUUAUAGGUCCGAAUCUACCAUCAAAUAGGAUGCAUUUGGACGAGCUUUUGCAAAUUAUUGGCGAGUUUGGCACUUUUCAGAAACGGCAGUAUUUUCUAAUUUGUCUGGUAGGACUGUACGGUGCUGUUCGUGUCUUUUCUCCGGUUUUUAUGGCGGCAACGCCGAAACACAACUGUAAAAUCCCAGCCGAGUACGUAUCGAGCGCGGAGAGGGUCUACGGAAACCUUUCUCACGAGGAGCUGCUGAACCUAACCAUCCCAUAGGAAGAAAAGGACGGCAAAUUGACCCGAAGUAGUUGUAAGCUGAGAUCAUGGAGGAGAGAUAACAAAACGGGAAAUGACACACAUUAUGAGAUUCCUUCUGUUUCAGAUAAUAACACAGCUAUUGUUGAAUGUCCUUUGGGACUAGAAUACAGUCAAGAAAUAUAUACCUCAACUGUGGUAUCAGAGUUUGACCUGACCUGUGGAAAGAAAUGGCUAGUGAGCACGAGUCAAUCCGUAUACUUUGUCGGGAGACUGGUUGGGGAUGCUUUAUCAGGGAUUAUAAGUGACAGAUUCGGGAGACGACCGACGUUUUUGGUUGCCAUCUUGCUGUCGGCUUCUUUGGGGGUUCUUACCGCCUUGUCUCCCAAUAUGAUAGUAUACACGUUGUCUCUAGGGCUGCAGGGAUCGCUUAAUGGCUGUAUAUUCCUGACUGUAUUCACUCUAGGGAUUGAAUAUGUAGGUCCAAGCAAACGAAAUUUUGCAGGAUUUGGUGUAAUGUAUUUUUUUAGUCUUGGUUACUUUUACGUUGUACUAUUUGCCUAUUUUAUAAGAAACUGGAGACACCUAGGUCUAGCACUGUUCGUGCCUGCUUACCUAUUUGGAUUAUAUUAUUUCAUUCUUCCCGAAUCUUUCCGAUGGCUGCUAUCAAGGCGCCGCAUAAAAGAAGCAGAGAAGUUGAUCCGAUCAGUUUCUAUGACAAACAUGAACUCCGAGCCUGAUGAUGAGACUAUUAAGUCUGUCAUAGAAGACAAGGAUGAAACGGUCAUCUCUGCUCGGACCUACACCCCUUUAGACCUUGUGAGAACAUGGAAACGGUCCGCACUGACGGCAAACGUGUGCUUCAACUGGUUGGUAAACGGUAUGGUAUACUAUGGUUUGGCACUAAACUCCGAGGGAUUGGGUGGUGAUCUCUACCUCAAUUUUACCCUGAUGGGGGCCAUUGAAUUCCCGGCCUACACUCUGGCUGUUUUCCUCAUCGACAAAAUUGGCAGAAGAAAAUCACUGGCGGGAUUUAUGGUGCUUGGAGGGGUGGCUUGCAUUGCUUCCGGUUGUCUGCCUACAGUCAUAGCUCUGGGAUUGGCGUCUGCCUUUGCCAGAGUUGGCAGCGCCUUGGCUCCUCAAGUUAUUUUGAUAAAGGAGCCAAUUGCUGCACUGCCUUUUAUCAUCCUUGGAGCUGAGUCAAUCAUCGCAGGACUUCUGUCACUUCUGUUACCUGAGACUGUGCGCAGAGAUCUCCCGCAGAACCUAGAGGAAUUCGACAACUUGUUGGAGUCUCCUAGAGUCUACGAAGAAAGCAAACCCCAAGCGAACACGGGAAAAGAUAAAAAGGAAGUUGGAGAAAAGCAACAAGGAGAACUUGAGGACGGCAAACAGCAAGAAGAGAUCUAUACGAGACUCUAACUUGUGAAUCCUGUGCGGUCAGAACAUUGAC